AUGGCGCCGCUCGGUCCGCCUCCGUACACGGCCGAACAGCUCCAAGCGAUAACCUCACAGGAGGAACGUAUUCGCGCCCAGGCAGAGCUCACUAGCUACAUUACGCGCGCCAGGAGAGAGAAACAAGAGAGGGAAGAGCGCGAGAGGCUUCAGUCGAACGCUUAUACUGGCUCUGGUUACCGCAACACCUCCCACGGCUUUCACAACUAUACUUCUCCCUCCAUUCCUUCCUACAGACCCGUCCACAACCCCGUCUUCAAUCCCGUCUACACUCCGGUCGCUAAUCCUUCCUACAACCCUCCGUACAACAAGUACAACCAGCGCGGCGGCUAUGGUACAGGUAGAGGCCGAGGUGCCGUAGGCAGAGGCAGAGGCUACACACCCUACCACCCCUACGCGCGUCCUCUCAAUGCACCUAUGUAUACUCGCUACACUGUUGAUUCCGAUGGCACACAUGUUGUCCCCGAAUCACGCGAGGCCAAAGAGAACGAGGAUCCAGCGCAGGUCGGUGUUCCAUCCCGGGUUGUCCUUUUCGUCAUGAUCCGGAUACACAAACCGUAUGCAAGUCUGUCCUCUUCAAGGGUGUUUGCCCCGACAGCACCUGUCAACUGUCUCAUACUGCAUCGUCGCACAAUACGCCUACGUGCCAGCAUUUCCAAGCAGGCCGAUGCACCAAAGAAGACUGCCGCUUUGCUCAUGUUCGUGUCAAUCCAUCCGCACCGAACUGCGAAGCUUUUGGACGCUUGGGCUACUGCCAGAAAGGAGACACCUGUGCCGAAGGAUGAUAUGGAUACUGCCGAGGAUGCUCAUGAAUGGAUGAUGCCCAAGACUGGAACCUCUCCGAAGCCACAGCAGUUCACACAGCAGGCGGACUUCGUUGCCUUUGAGAACGACGACGAGUAG